AUGUUGCGAUUGCUGGUGUGUGGUCGGCUGGGUCCGGUCUGGAUGUGGAAAGCCCUGCUGCUCUUCGUGGCCAUCGGGUUCGCCGGCCAACUGCUCGGGGUCAUCUUCAACAAGAGCAGCGUCCAGCCGGCCGCCCGCUCCAUCUUCUCGUCCCCUGACGCUCAGGGCCCCUCGCUGGGCUCCUGUCAGCCCCACAUGCACAUGAUGUUCCUGAAGACCCACAAGACGGCCAGCAGCACCGUGCUCAACAUGCUGUACCGCUUCGGGGAGGAGCGGGACCUCCGCUUCGCCCUGCCGCUCGGAUACCAGCUGGGAUACCCGCUGCCCUUCAACGCUCACAGGGUGAAGGGGUACAGAGGCCCCCGGGCCGUUGAGUUCAACAUCAUGGGCAACCACAUGAGGUUUAACAAGCCAGAGGUGGAGAAGGUCAUGCCUGCUGACACGUUUUACUUUUCCAUCGUCAGAGACCCCGUGGCGCUCGCUGAGUCUUCCUUCGCUUAUUACAAAGAAGUCGCUCCGGCCUUCAGGAAAGCUAAAGGUUUGGGCGACUUCGCUGACGAUCCCAGAAAAUACUACGACCCUCGUCUCCGUAACAACCACUACGCCCGCAACCUGCUGUGGUUCGACUUCGGCAUGGACCACAACGCUAACUUCUCCGUGGCGCUGGCUCAGCGAGGGACGGCCAUGAUCCGGCGCGCCUUCAAGCUCAUUCUGGUCUCUGAGUACUUCGACCAGUCCAUGAUCCUGCUCAGGCACGCCCUCUGCUGGCCGCUGGACGCCGUCGUCUCCUUCAGCCUGAACGCUCGACAGCAGAAGCCCAGCAGUGUCGGGGGGAUCGGGGGGAGCUGGGUGGGGAAAGCGGCGGCGGCAGCGGGCGUUGGUGGCAGAGUUGGACGUCUACAAGCAAAGUCGGUGCCCAACCUGCCGCUGACGGAGGAUCAGCGUGAGAAACUGCGUCAGUGGAACGCCCUAGACUGGUACUUAUACAAAGCCUUCAACAAGACCUUCUGGGAGGAGAUCGAGAAGUUCGGCCACGCCCAGAUGGAGCAGGAAGUGGCUCUCCUCAGGACGCGGCGGGACGACCUGGCCCGGGUUUGUCUCAGGGACGGAGGGAAGCCUGUGGAGGCACAGAGGAUCCGAGACCGAAACAUCCGACCGUUCCAGAGCGGAUUAGUGAAGAUCCUGGGCUACGAGCUGCACCCGGGGCUCGAUAACGCCACCAGGACGGCGUGCCUGAGGAUGAUCCGCCCGGAGAUCCAGUACAAAGACGUGCUGGAUUUUAAACAGUUCCCCCGUGUGGCUGCGGCGCCCGCCCCGGCUCAGGCGGGGCAGCAAGGCGGGGUCGCAGCCGGCGGAUCUUUUUUAAGAGCGGACUCGUCCAGGACAGCAGAGAGGGCGAUGGGAGGGGGGGAGGUAGGGGGGAGGACAGUGGAGGAGGGGGGAGGGACUGGGACGGGAGCCGUUUAAAAAAAAACAACCAGACUCUGACAGAAGGAAGAGCGCGGCUCAGAUAGUCCCCUGAAAAAAAAACAAAAAAAACACAGAUAGGUACAGAUGUAUGAAGCUGAACUCUGAGCCGACGAGUUUACACGAGAGGAGAUGAAAAGGUUCGUCGUCUGCCCUCCUCCUCUUCUUCUUCUUCUUCUUCUUCUUCUCUGCUUGUUUUUCUUACAGACUGCCUCUGGGCUUCACUCUGCGUGACUCUGUCAUGUGACCUCUGAGCGGCUGGCGGCGCCCCAGCUGCAGCUGGCGGUCGUUUGUUGGUCUCUGCAGGAUGUGAAGGGACUGUUUGGUGUUUCAUGAGGAGACGUGUCUGCAGGUCCUGCUGCUGUUCAUCCCGCUCUGUGUGUUCAUACAUGUUCAUAGUUAUACUGUGAGAGCUCGCAGUUCUUCACACUUACCUCUUGCGUUUCCGUUUCUGAGCAUCUGUUUGUCUGUUUUGAUGAAGCGUGUCAGAAUGUGUGAUGCUGUUGGACGCCACGUGUUUACAAACAAUACGAUCCAUAGAAUUCAAAGAGCACUAAAUAAGUUGUGAUCCCUCUUUCUCCUGCUGAUGUGGUUUUUUCCAGCAGUAAAGGACGGUGCCUGGUGAAGGACAAAACUAAUCAGAUAAAGUUUCUCUCAGAGGGAGAGCUGAGCCGAGUCCACAAACCUGAUCCUCUUCUUAAUAAUAGAGCGGCAGACGCAGGUCUGAGACCUGCAGACGGCUGCUUCAUAUCAGAGUCCAGACACAAACAGAGAGGGCUGCCUGCAGGUCUACAGAGAUCUAUGUUGUUAGAAAUGAAUUCUUCUCUGUGUGGGAUGAUUUGUCUGAAAGAAACCCUGAUUUAUUUCAUAACACUGCAAACACUCCCCAAAUCUCUCAGAGGAUCACGUCGAUGUUAAAAGUUGAAGAAAGAGUCGGCAGGCGUCUUUAAAUCUUACUUCAAAUCACCUUCAAAUCACCUGAAAAAAAACACCUGAAGUAGGAGAAGACAAACGGUCAGACAUGUUCAAACAUCCUUAAAAAAAGACGUGAGAAACACGGAUCAUCGGUCAGAAGAUGUGUGCAGUUCUCGUGAACUGAAGCCUGUUGUCUGUUUCCAACAGUUUCUAAAGACGUCUGAAGUUGAAGUAAAUUCAUCUUCUGACCUUUAAAAAUCUGUUUUUACACGUUACUCUUGCAUGAAAUGAAACGCUGAAGAACCACUCCCCCGCAGAGAAAAACACAGGAAUGUGUUUUUGUUUGAUAAUUUCUCCAGCACCCCCCGAAACUGCUGCACAGGGAACCAUGUGACAAACAAGAGGACACUUUCCAACUGCUGCUUCAGGGUACCUGAAGACAGAACGAGCCACAUAGUCAAGAGAAGAAAACACUAAAACACAGCAGCUUAAGCUUUUAAACAAACCUUACCAAGUGUUAGAAAAGACAAGAACAGAUGUUUAACAUUGCACCAUGACAUCUCCGCCUGAGGGUACCCGAAGAAAGUCCGAGCCACAUAAUAGAAAUAAAACAUAACAACAGCACUUAAACACAGCCUCUUAAGCGUACUUUUUUAAAAUGAAUUUUACCCUAAGACAAACACAAAGGUACUUUCAAACUGCUGCUUCAGGUACCUGAAGACAGACCGAACCACAUGUUGAAAUGAAAACAUAAAAACUAACUUAAAACCAGAGCUGACAGGUUAGCUGCUUCUUCAGGGACUCCUUCUGGGGUUCCUUAAAACAGACAUGAAGGGAACCUCGACAUAGGGAACAUAAAAACUGCUAAAGGACUUUUCAUCAGCUGUGCGAGGAAUUAACGUGUUCUUCAGAUAUUCUUUCACACGUGCAAGAACAUGUUGACGUUUCGUGCAAACAAACAUCAGUUUCUACGUCACAAAUCUUCCUGGACUUGUUUUGGGUGUUAAAAAGAAAUCGCCCCUGGAUCUUAAUUCAGACAGGUUCCCCGUCCCUGAGGGAAAGUUCCUGCAGUGUGAACGUGGAUUUACUGCGACAGACUCCGUGCAUGAACGCAGCCUGUAGUUGCACGCUGAAUAUUCAAUCUAUUUCUCGCCGUUAGUGACCUGUGCCCGCCGGCUGUAACUAAAGACAACAAUAUUGAACAGACGGACUGAAGCCGUUUCCUUGAUGCAGC